GUGCCAGUGCCCAUCCAGCACGUGCCCCUCCGUGGGCUGCUCCAUGCCUGUGCCCAUCUGCCCUGUCAUCCACCCGAUACCCCUCCACUCCCUCCCGCAUCCCUCCACCCUUCCGUGCCAGCUCCCACCCCCGACACAACCCCGAGGAGAGCGCUACUGUGGGAUGUUUCAUCGCUCCGGAUGGAAAGAGCUCGGUGAUGAGUCCCAGUGGCUCUAUGAUCUCAAGGCUCCCCCUGCCUCAGUUUCCCCCGGCAGCAUUGCCUCCACACACAGCAGGAUGGAGACAACCUUCCCAUGAUGCCCCACUAGCAUGAAGCCAGGGUAUUUGAACAGCAGUGAUUGGGCAAGCAAUCUACCAAUGAGAGCUCUUGCCACCAAUCUCCCUCCAACCCAUGGCAUGCAAAUUAGCAGUGGAAGAAGGGCGAGGAUUGGUUAAGCUACCUCUGAUGUCAUAACAGCCCUGCUGAGACUGUUAUGAUGACAGUUAUUACAUGCAGCGAUUAACAACUUUGCUUAAUCGCAACCGAAUUGCUUCAGGUACAGUCUGCGCGCGAGCUCCCAGGAUGAUGGCCUCUGCCAACGACACCCAGCAGGCCCAGAAAGAUGCCGCCAAAAAGAAAUUCGACUACAUGUUCAAGCUGGUGAUCAUCGGGAACAGCAGCGUGGGGAAGACGUCCUUCCUGUUCCGCUACGCCGACGACUGCGUGGGCAUCGACUUCAAGCUGAAGACGGUCUACUGGAACGAGAAGCGGGUCAAGCUGCAGAUCUGGGACACCACAGUGCGGGAGAGAUACCGGACGAUCUCAAGGGCUUAUUACCGAGGAGCCAUGGGCUUUCUGUUAAUAUACGACAUCGCCAACCAGGAUUCCUUCAAUGCCGUGCAGGACUGGGCAACCCAGAUCAAGACCUACUUGUGGGAUAACGCCCAGUGUGACUUGGAAGACGACCGAGUGGUGGCCACGGAGGAUGGCAAGCGGCUGGCAGAUGAGCUAGGGUUUGAAUUCUUCGAAGCCAGCGCCAAGGACAACAUCAACGUCAAGCAGGUCUUUGAGCGCCUGGUGGACAAUAUCUGCAAGAAGGUGAAUGAGAGCCUGGCCACCAACUCCAUCCUCAUCGGCAACAGCAAGAGACUCCGCCCCCGCAGUCCAGCCGCUGCUCCUCCUAGAUAAGACUCCACCCACCUCCGCUCCUCUCUUUCUGCCCCUCUCUCCCCCCGCCCCAGCGAUCACAUUGUUGUCAUAAAUAAAUAGGAUGGAACCUUAUGAGGAGAGGCAGAUCUCUUGGGCUGGUGUCCCACUGUUUCUCUAUUUGACAACAAUGCAAUGGAUUCAUUUUCCCUUUCCUUAUCCCCAAGCCAGGGUUCUUCUGUCCCAGCAACCACGGCCAGUGGAGGGAUGAGGAACAUGAGCCCAUCCACCGGACCUCAGAGGUGGUGCGGCAGGGGCAGGCCCAGGCCCCCCACCGCUGACGCAAAUUGGCCUGA